GUAACAUUGAGAAACUCGCGCCCGGUGGAGUCUACCGUAGAGUGCUGUCGUUGCCGUUAACGGGGCAUCGUCAAGUUGUUGUUGAUGUCAACCUGUUACCAGACUAUCCCGAAACAUAGAUUUCAUGUUCAUUUUUGUGGAGUGAAGGAGAUAGAUGGCUUCCAGUCAAGAUCUAUUGAAGGACACUGUGUUCCAGCUUCUGGCACAUAACCAAAGUUUGAACAAGACUCUCUCGGAGGUGUCUUCACUGAGGCAUGACUGCAAGGAUGAGGUUAUGUUUGCUGUCCUGUCAGAAUUUGGAUGUCUACCAUUUUUGAAGUCACAUGAUAUAACAGAUGAACAGGUCUGUAGCACAGAUGUAUGUAUUGACAGACUGUUGUCACUGUGUACUGAUGAUAACACAAUGUCCGAGGAUAUAAAGGCAGAGUUACAGUCAUUAACGUUGAUGUUGAAACAAUUAAAGCAGACGGGCAAGCUGAAUACUUCAAAGUUUAUUGAUAAUCCAAGAAUUCCUCUGAAUAUGUUGUGGACUCUUCAUAAGGAAGGCAUCUUUAGUCUUGAAAACUACUUCCGCUUACAAAAAGGAAGAGCCAAUGCCAUAGAAACAUUUGUAUCCAAAAUGUGCAAAGCUGGUGAAUAUGGGCAAUAUGAAAUCAUUUCAGUGUCUGGAUCGGGACUUAAACCAUACGUUGACAUUUACACAGUGUCUGUACCAGGACUCAAACCAUACAUUGACAUUUACACAGUGUCUGUACCAGGACUCAAACCAUACAUUGACAUUUACACAGUGUCUGGACCAGGACUCAAACCAUACAUUGACAUUUACACAGAUUCAAACCAUACAUUGACAUUAGUGUCUGGACCAGCACUCAAACCAUACAUUGACAUUUACACAGUGUCUGGACCAGGAUUCAAACCAUACAUUGACAUUUACACAGUGUCUGGACCAGGACUCAAACCAUACAUUGACAUUUACAGUGUCUGGACCAGGUUUGUAGAAGAGGCUAUACAAAGUGAUAGAUCAGACAGAUUGAUUAUCUCCCUUUCCAGUAUACAGCUGGAUGUUGAUACCAUGAGAAGGGCAUACAUACAUGUACUGACUGUUAUUCUUAGUCAUAAACCAGUGCUUAAAGUAUCUCAAGCUAUUAAAGAGCAGGAGAAAUGGGCUUACGCAAAGAUUUCACCAUCCGUCUCUCAGUUAUACAAACAGUUUUUAUUGCCUUUCGACAUGUCAGAGGUGUUGACAUUGUUACGACAGGUUCUGGAACAGCAGGAAGUGAACUGGCAACUUUUGUUAUCGUUUGUAUCAGUUACAAUGGUGUGUUUGCCAGAAACAGCAAAGCUCUUCCUUGAGUUUAUAGAUAGUUUACUGCAAGAAGGGUUGGACAGUUGUGACAGAGAAACGACCAUAAUGGGCAUGUUACUGGCUAGACAGGCAUGUUUUCAGGGACCACAUGUCUUUCUCUCCUACUCGGACUGGUUUCAGAGGACAUUUUCUGAUGGGUCAAGGUCAUUGGCAAGUAAUAGGAAAAGUUUCACUUUCUUGAUGAAGUUUCUCACAGAUUUAGUACCCUAUGAGUCAGCACAACACAUUAAAGUUCAUAUUUUGCACCCCCCAUUUGUUCCAUCGAAAUGCCGUCAGUUGCUGAUAGACUAUAUUGUACUGGCAAAGACUAGACUGGAAGAUCUCAAGGAAUGUGUGGACAUGCCUGGUGUUGAAGAUAGUUCCUCGUCAGCAAAUGAAAAGGGUAAGCAAGUGGUUUCUGAGAUAGAGAGUGCUGUGAAGUUGUUUGAGACAACCGGAAAGGUUCCUACAUCAAUAUUGGAGGCCAGUAUCUUCAGGAAGCCGUACUAUAUUGGACAGUUUUUGCCAGCUUUACUGCAGCCCAGACCACUUCCAGAUAUGCCAGAUAGUAAAAUGAGACUUAUUGCAGCUUUGAAAAGAGCUGACAAGAUUCCAGUGUCUAUGUUUACAGCAUACGAGAAAGGAUGUAAAAGGGAAGCUAGCCAGCUUUUAGAAGGGGUCUUCAUUGAUUCUGAAACCGAUGAUGAGAUGGAUUUAUCUCCCUUUGAACAGAUGGAAAACACAUUGCAUCAGUUAAAGAAUGCAGUAAAAUGUAGAGGAGAUUCCAGCACGUCCAAACACACCAUGUCAGAGAUAGUGUCGUUGCUGUGUGGAAGACUGGAAAACGUUCUGUCAAUAACUUCACAAAGUCACCAACAGUCUCCUGCAAAUAUAACUAUAGAUACAGAGAAAGUGAUAAUUGAAUCUCUGCAAGUGAAGGUUAUAGAUUCUCUGCUCAACACUGUUAGUGAGACAUUACAGCUGUGUUAUACACAACAGAACCCAGACUUCACUUGGUUGUCUAAAUUGAUGCAGUCAUUACUCCAGUACUCUGUAGUGAUUGAAACACUAUACAACAGGAUUUUUAUAUUGACAGUCAAACAGGGUAUUGAUCUGGAAAACCACCAUAUUGAUUGUAUUGCGGCUAUUCUAGUUGAGAUUCAGUUUCUAUGUGGACAGUUGCCAUGUGUACAAUUGAAGAAUAGAUGUCAAGGUCAUGAUGGUGAUGUAGACAAGACAUUUACAGAGUGUAUUCUAGACAUGCUUUCUGCGAGGACAUACAGUCUGAUGUAUCUAAGUCUGAGACUGACAACCUCCUAUAUAAAGUACAUGUUCAGUAUACAUGAAGACAUUGACGAGGGCCUUGUAAUUCCUGUACUAAUUAAAAAGUUCAUAUAUUUGUCAACAAGACAGAAUGUUCAGCUCCGUAACUAUGGUAACAGGAGUAAUGUGACAGGAGGAGAAGAUAUGAUCUCUGCUGUGUAUGUGUCAGAACAUUUCCAGCAGUUUUCCAGUGCAUUUCCUUUAACAGUGUCUGAAUGGGUAGACUAUGAGAUAUCUGUCUGUGCUGAAGAUGAUAGUUUGACAGAUUUUCAGAGGUUUGAGUACUUCACAUGGAUUGUUUACACUUAUUUCCUGGGUAAAGGUCAAGAGGAUUUAUACAGUAUAGCAUCUAGUAUUGUACAGGGAAUUUUGAAAGCUGACAUAAGACUAACCAAACUAAAUGAGGGGUGUCCCAGCUGCUGUGAAGUAAGGAAAACAUCUUACUCCAACAGCCGAUCUGUCCUUGUCAGUCUUCUACAGGAAUUGACGGCAAGGUUUACACAACAUUCCCAGGAAAUGUGUGAUACAUUACCAUGGUUACCUCAACAACUGAUGAACCUUUUGUCUGCAACUAGUGAUGAAAUACAGCAACAUUGUCUUAUCAAGCAAUUCUUCAGGUUGUGCUUGUGUUUACCGGCUUAUUUGAUGUUCAGUAACACACCAUACACAGUGAACUCACAAAACUCACUUAAACAUUUAUCAAAGUUCAUACAAGAAAUCAUUGUGCCACAUAUGUGUGAGGGACUAUUUUUACCAGCUAGUAUUUCUACCUGUCUGUGUCAGGGUUUAUGUCAAGCCAGUGUAGUAGUUAAAAGUGAGGAGUUACUGAAAGAGUUGUGUCACCUGUGUCCCGUUUUCAUGAUGUCACUGAUGGUGAAUAUACAUGUUAUUGAACAUGUCUUAAUGCAGACUUUGAGUGAAGACAAUCCACUAAAACUGGCCAUGAAUUACAUAAGAAGUAGGGAAAGUGUCUACAUUAAUAGCAUGGAUGCUUGGCAGCAGGCCACAGUAUUAUUUAGUAUGGCAAUAGAUUCAACCUGCAGGAACGGAAGCACUGUACUGAAAGAUUUCAUAGAGUCCAGUGCAAAUUCUGCAAAUCAAGUAAAGGUUCUUUCCUGUUUGGUACAAAUGUUGUUUCUGCAGCUGACCUAUAUACAGAACUUUGAAUUACCUCAGAGUAGCUGUCAUUCAGACAAACUAGAAUCAGUUUUGACAGAAGCACUGAACUGGAGAGAAGGAAAAUAUUUGGUGAAGAUGUGUUUGUCAGAAACUCUUGAAGAUAAAACAAGGUCAUGUGUGAAUGAAAGACUGGUUAAAGUGAUGAAUUUAACCAUGUUAAGGUAUUUUGCGGCUCAUCAAGGAAGAAAUGGUAGAGAAAAUGUAAAAAUUGACAAGUUUUUGACAGGGAUAUUGAAAGCUUACUCCAAUGUACUAGCCAUGUGUGAGGAAAAGCAGAGCUGUCAUCUACGGAAAGCUGAUGUACUGAAAGUGGAGGGAAUGCAAGUUAUAGAUCAGUUUAUAAUAACCUUGAUUGAAACCGCUUCUCCAGUUCAUCUGAGACAAGUAGAUCAGGAUCUAUUACUGGGUUGUGGACCUUCAGUUGCUGACAGUGCAAUCAGGGCCUUGUCAACUUAGAAUCGGACUACAUGGUGUCAGCUUGACAGAGGGUUGUCAUUGGUCUGUUCUGUCAGAGAGGAGUGUGAUCCUAAAAUGGAUUCUGUCAAUGUUCUGCAGGAGUGUAGUGUGAUCCUAAACUGGAUACUGUCAAUGUUGUGUCAGAGUGGAAUGUGAUCCUAAACUGUAUACUGUUCUAUUGGAGUGGAGUGUGAUCCUAAACUGGAUUCUGCCUGUUCUGUCAGAGGAGUGUGAUCCUAAACUGGAUUCUGCCUGUUCUGUCAGAGGAGUGUGAUCCUAAACUGGGGAUUCUGUCUGUUCUGUCAGAGAGGAGUGUGAUCCUAAAAUGGAUUCUGUCAAUGUUCUGUCAGAGUGGAGUGUGAUCCUCAACUGGAUACUGUCAAUGUUCUGUUGAAGUGGAGUUUGAUCCUAAACUGGAUACUGUCAGUGUUCUGUCGGAGUGGUGUGUGAUCCUCAACUGGAUACUGUCAAUGUUCUGUCGGAGUGUGAUCCUAAACAGGAUACUGUCAAUGUUCUGUCGGUGUGGAGUGUGAUUCUAAACUGAAUACUGUCAAUGUUCUGUUGGAGUGGAGUGUGAUCCUAAACUGGAUACUGUCAAUUGAUAAUAGAAUGUCAUUUAAAUAGAAUCUAGUCUGUUAAAUCCAUAUUGAACUUGACUAGUAAGAUAAGACUUUCUAAGUCGACAAGACAUAAUAACAAUACAACUUAAGCUCUGAAUGAGCUUUUUAACUGACUACUGAAAACAAGUACAAACAAAUAGCAACAAAUAUUUAACAGCUGUAAAUAAAAUAAUUUCAUUAGUACAUAUAUUAAAAUAGGGUUAUUAUAACAGUAGCUUGAUCUGGGAUGCAGUAUUCGGCUCGAGUGGAUUUUGCAGAUCGGAUCUCACGAGGCGCUUGUGCGCCGAGUGUGAUCCGACCUUGCAAAAUCCACGAGAGCCGAAUACAAAGUCCCAGAUCUAGCUACUGUUAUAAUGACCCUUUUAUUAUAUACCUUUACUAUUUUGAUUCUUGUUUUGUUCUUGAACGAAAUCUUCAAUGUUUAUCGAUAUUAAAUGGAACUUACUGAAGUUUUUAUGUGCGCUAUUUAUAGAAAUGUGUCGGAUCAUGCAUAUAAAUGAAAAUAGUCCGGCAGCAUGCAAUACGGAAGGUACAAUACGGAAUUUGAAAGGUACAAUACGGAUUUUUUGUCUGUCUGUUCAUAUUUGAUUGUGAAAUACAAGCCGAUUUUUUACAGAAUUUAUAUAGGUAUAUAAUAAAAGAAAUUACAACAUGAUUCUCUGCACAAUUCAUAAAUAUUAAAUCAUUUAAUACCUAGAGUUUAAAUAGUUAAAAUAUAAUUAUGUUAAGAUCAUAUAAUAACACCUGCUGAUCUACAACAUGACGCAUACAAACUGCCAAAAGACUAGACAGUAAUUAAGAGAUGGUUAUAAGGAAGCAAAUAUCGCAUGGAAACUUAUUAAAUAUGAAAUUAUCAUCAACUCCACUAUGGUUAAAAGUUCCAGCAAAAGAACUUUUAGAUUUUUAAAAAGAUACACAAUACAUAUUUUUUUAACUGCAAGCGGUUACAGCAUGUAUCGCAUUUUAGUACGCAGACAAAUUGUUCUCAAGCAAUCAUAUCACAGGGCUCUUUCUGAUGUUUGCAUGUCUAAUCUGGCCAACUAGUGGACUGGUCCAGGUGACAAUAGAUAGGCUUUCCUAUAAUAAGUAGAGAAAGCACAAAGGACACGAUUGAAUGUAGAGGUGUGAGCACAAAUGCACAGAAGAAAAUACAGCACAUCAGAAUGAUAACAGCAUAGAACAGUCAUUUUAAGCAUUCAGUCCAUGACUCUGUAAAUUUGAAUUUGUUUAUAAUACCCCAACAAACUAAGUGAGGGGGUAUAUUAGGAGUGCGCUUGGCUGGCGGUCGGUCUGUCUGUCUGUGUUGGUCUGUUGGUUUUUAUGGUUUCUGGACAACAACUCAUGAAAGGCUUGACUGAUUUAAAUAAAUUUUGAUAUACGGGUGUAACAUUAUAAAAUACAGGUCAGAUUUGACUUUGAGGUCAGUAGGUCAAAGUUCAAGGUCACAAUGACCCCGAACAGUUAAAUGGUUUCCGGAUGAUAACUUGUGAAUGCUUGGGCCAAGGAUCAUAAAUUUUGUUACAUAGAUGUAAAAUUAUAAAAUACAGGUCAAGUUUGACUUUGAGGUCAGUGGGUCAAAGGUCAAGGACACAAUGACCGAAACAGUUAAACGGUUUCCGGAUGAUAAACUUGAGAAUGCUUGGACCUAGUAUCAUAAAUAUUAGUACACAGGUGUAACAUCAUAAAAUACAGGUCAAGUUCGACUUUGAAGUCAGUAGGUCAAGGGUUAAGGUCACAAUGAUCCGAAACAGUUAAGAGGUUUUCGGAUGAUAACUUGAAAAUGCUUGAGCCUAGGUUCACGAAGUUGAUAGGGAGGUUGGUCAUGACCAGCAGAUGACCCGUAAUGAUUUUAAGGUCAUCAGGUCAUAGGUCAAGGUCACAAUGACCCGGAACAGUUUAACCACUUCCGGACGAUUAGUUUAGAACCCUUUGGUCUAGAAUCAUGAAUAUUAAUAGGAAGGUUGGUCAUAACCAGCAGAUGACACCUAUCGAUUUUGAGGUCAGUAUGUCAGAGGUCUAGGACACAAUGACACGGAACAGUAAAACGGUUUCUGGAUGAUAACUUGUGAACGCUUGGACCUAGGAUCAUAAAUUUGGUACACAGGUGUAACAGUAUAAUAUACAGGUCAAUUCUGACUUUUAGGUCAGUAGGUCAAGGUUCAAGGUCACAGUGACCCGGAACAGUUUAACGGAUGAUAACUUGAGAAUGCUUGGGCCUUGGAUCAUGGAAAGUUAAUAGGGAGGUUGGUCAUGACCAGCAGAUGACAUCUAUAGAUUUUGAGAUUAAAGGUCAAGGUCACAGUGACCUGAAACAGUUAAACUGUUUUCAGACAAAAAUUUAAGAAGGCUUGGGCCUAGUAUUACGAAUCUUAAAAGGGAGGUUGAGUAUGACAGUAUAUGACCCCCUAUUGAUUUUGAGGGCUGACUUUGAACUUGGCUUACUUCUGUGACAAGACCGUAUUGUGGGGGUAUAAUUCAUCACUCCUGUGACAGCUCUAGUUUGUGCAGGCUUAGCAUUUGAAUACUUUACCAUUCCAAUUCAACAUCAUUGAUUGAAACUGACCAAAACUACAGGAAUAUUGGACAGAUUCAUCUAGAGAGUUCCAAAGUACAGGGGCUGCAUACCUAAAAGAAUUCUUCCCAGCUUUAGUAGAUUUCACUUGAGAGAUCUUCAACAAAUUAGAAUAACGGAAAUUUUAGUUACUGUAUUGUUUUUGAAUAAGACCAUUCAAAACUAGUGGAGAUAUUCCAUGAAAGAAUUUAUAAGUUUCCAGUGCCAUCAUUCUUAUAUGCCUAAUGCAAAGAAGUAAUUUUACUUUCAUUAAAGCAGCAUGCCUACAGAUUUUGUUAAAAAUUAAUCUUUCUUUCAAAUUGUAGUUUGGUCUUACUAUGAACAUCAGAAUUUGAAUUUUUGUUUCUUAAAGAUUUUAAAAGUUCCAAAUCAAGGAAAAACGAUGACCGCGUCGGGAAUCGAACCCCGGACUGCCGCAGCAAUAAAGACAGUUUCCCGUCGUUGUAACCAAUAGUGCUAUAGCUGAAGUAGUGAAUAAAGACUUCAAAAUAUAGAUAUUUAUAAUCGAGACAGUUUACAUGGAGUAAAAGUGUGUCAAUCACUUUUCGAUUUUCAUUGUAAAAUGUAGUAAAAACAGCAAAUUUUUAUGACUUUCGUUUCUGUAACAUAAAGUUUGUCAGUAAUUAAGUUUUAAAGCCUUCUUAAGAAAUAAAGCAUUUAUUUCAAGAUACCUAAAAACAGUAUUUUUUUUUUUUGUUGAACAAUCUGGAGGCAUGCUGCUUUAAGAGUUUGGUAUAGGAAAAGUCAAUCUGGAGUGUUGGUGUAGACAGGAUUCAGUAUAGUCAAUGCCAUGUCAUUAUAGGCAUGGACCUAAUGCCGAAUGUUAUGUAAACAGUCUAUGCAGGGUCAUGAAAGGGAGGGUUUAGUCAUAUCAGUCCAUGUGUCAUUGUGGGAAAGACCCAGUCUAUUCAGUCAAUGUAGAAUAUCAAACAUGGUCUUGCAUGUUCAUUCAAUAUUGACAUGUUCCUCUCUUUUCAGACAAUGCAGAAUGUCAAACAGAUUCUUGUAUGUUCAUUCAGUAUUGACAUGUCAGACAUGUUCCCGUCUUUUCAGACAAUGUAGAAUGUCAGACAUAGCUCAGUUUAAUCAUACAACGCUGAAUGUCAGACAUAGUCCGUUUAAUCAUACAGCGCAGAAUGUCAGACAUGGUCCUGUCUACUCAUACAGUGCAGAAUGUCAGACAUGGUUCUGUCUGCUUGUACACUGCAGAAUGUAAGACAUGGUCCAGUCUACUCAUACAGUGCAGAAUGUCAGAUAUGGUCCAGUUUAAUCAUACAUUGCAGUAUGCCAGACAUGGUCUAGUCUACUUGUACAAUGCAGAAUGUCAGGCAUGGACUGGUCUACUUGUACAAUGCAAGGGGUUGGGGGCACUUAGAGUUGCCCAUGCCCAGUCCAAAUUUGUGUUAAACAUAUCUCAAAAAGUAUUUGACCAAGUGUCAUCAAACCUCGUAGGAUUGUUAUUCAGCACAGGACGCAGUGCAACAGGGGUUUUAAUUGGAUCCCACGCAGAUCCGAGUUAUGGCCCUUGACUUUGUCAAAAAUAGGCAUAAAAAGGGCCAAAGUUUGUGUCGCAUGUAUCUCGAAAAGUAUUAGACCCAGUUUUAUGAAACAAAGAAUAUUAGAAAAUUAUAUUAUAAAAAAGAUUAUAUUAUAAAAACGGAAAAGAAUGUCAUUCAGCAUGCGAGGUUGUGCAUCUUGAGUUUUGUUAGAGAUAUCACUCAGUCAGACCAGAGUUAUGGCACUUGACUUAGUAAAAAAUAAGUAAUAAAAAUAAGUAAAUAAAAGGCCUGAAAUGUUUUAUGCACACCUGAAGUUCCGUUUGGGAUUUCAGUCAGCCAGAUUAGAGUUAUGGUCCUUGACAUAGUUAAAUUAUACAUUGUGCUUAUGUUGCAUAUAUCUUAGAAACAAUUUCACCUAGAGCCAUGAAAUCAUGUAGGAAUAUUAUCCAUCAUGUGAAUUUGUGCACCCAUGUUUUUUUUGACUUUGCAAUACAAGUGUUACGGGCUUUGACUUAGUCAAAAAAUAAAAGUUUGUGCUGCAUAUACAUGUUUGUCAAAAAAUAAGUUUGUGCUGCAUAUACAUGUAUGUCAAAAUGUACUUUACCAAGAGUCAUAAAGCAUUAAUUAGAGCUGUAAAGUUUUGCAUUGGCUAUUCUCUUUGGGAUAUUACUCAGCUAGGCCAGAGUAAUUGUCCUUAAGUGAAGUUCUUAAGUUUGUGUUGCAAACAUCUUUUAAUAAGCUUAUUCGCUUUAUGUCCAAUUCCCUUAUCUCAGUUGUAUAUUAUUCAUGUAAUGACAUAAAUAAAAUAUGAGCCGUGCCAUGAGAAAACCAACAUAGUGGGUUUGUGACCAGCAUGGAUCCAGACCAGCCUGCGCAUCCGUGCAGUCUGGUCAGGAUCCAUGCUGUUCGCUUUUAAAGCCUAUUGGAAUUGGAGAAACUGUUAGCGAACAGCAUGGAUCCUGACCAGACUGCGCGGAUGCGCAGGCUGGUCUGGAUCCAUGCUGGUCGCAAACCCACUAUGUUGGUUUUCUCAUGGCGCGGCUCAUAUGUUUAAACCAAAUAUCUUUAAAAAUGUUUAGCCUUGAUUCAUAAAACUAUGUACAGUGUCGGGAGUAGGGGGCACCUUUGUCCUAUGGACACACAUCUAUGCAGAAUGUCAGUUAUGGUCCGGUCUGCUCACACAAUGUAGAAUGUAAGACAUGAUUCAGUUUAUUCAUACAAUGCAGAAUGUUGGACAUGGACCCGUUUACUCGUACAUUGCAGGAUGUCAGAUAUUGUCUAGUCUACUCAUAAAGUGCAGAAUGUCAGACACUGUUGAGUCUGAUAAGGCAUUGCAUUAUAUCAUAAAACAAUGCAUUGCAUCAAAAGGGCAAUGAAAAGUCCAGUUUUGAAACAUUUUCAUUCAUAAAGUAGUUACAAAGACAGGGAUUUGUGAUGUAAUUUGAUUCUCUGUAUGUUUUCAUUAUAAUGAGAAAGCUUAGUUGUUAUUUUAAGAUAUUUAUUAAAUAAAAACAAUUGAUUUAAACUUU